AUGGCCGAGUAUUCAUACUCGGAUAUCGUCUUCGAAGUCAAAGGAAAGAUCGGAAUCAUCAAGUUCAAUCGUCCAAAGACUCUCAACUCUUUCGGCGGAAAUCUAAUUGUCGAUACAAUCCACGCACUUCGCGUCCUCGACAAUCAUGCCGACACCAUUUUCACCGUCAUUACUGGGUCGGGACGCUUCUUCUCGUCCGGUGCUGAUGUCAAAGCUGAGGCUUCAGGGAGCCAACCCGGCUCAAGCACCACAUCCUCGAACGCGCUCAAGAAGCUCUCCAUCCUGAAUCGCAUUUCCCCCUCAACACAACUCGUACAUUCCCUGAUCAAACAUCGCAAAGUCCUCGUCCUAGCGAUGAACGGCCCCGCCGUCGGCGGCGGCGCAGCCUGGUUCCAAGGGGUAUCGGACAUCGUCCUCGCGUCGGCCACCACGUACUUACAAUGCCCGUUCUCGGCGCUCGGCCUGGUUCCGGAAUUCGGAUCCGCGACCAGCUUCCCGCAGAGCAUUGGCGUGCAUCGCGCGAACGAGAUCCUGAUGCUUGGGCGGAAGGUCGGCGUCGAGGAGCUCGUGCAAUGGGGGAUGGUGAAUCGGGUGUUUGCGCACGAGGGGUUUCAUGCUCGUGUCGUCGAGUUUUUGGACGAGAUGCUGGAGGAGAAUGAUGGGGUGUCCAUGUUGGAGGCGAAGCGGCUGCUGAGUGCCGAGCUGAGGCCCGGCAGGCUGUUGGCGCUGUAUGAGGCGGCGGAUGCCGUGGCGGAGAGAUUCGUUGACGGGGCUCCGGCGGAGCGAUUCGUGAGAAAGAGUCAAUUGCUGGCAGAGAAAUCGAAGCGGAAGUUGACGCCAAAGUUGUAG